AUGUUUGAAGACAUCGUGAAUGUGACAGAAGAUGACAUUGCUUUCAUCACUACAGUACGAACUGCUCAUUUUUGGUAUGAAAUAAUAUUGGCAGUGGUAUCUAUUGGCUUGAAUGGAUGGGUAGUUUACCUUGCUUUUACAACCAAGAACUCCACCAUGAAAAGUUUUUGUUGGGUUUUGUUGAUGAGUGUCUCCGGUGACAUUGUUUAUGCACUGUUCAAUCUGGCUUCUAUGGUGGUAAGCGAUAUCCUGUUUUAAAUAUAUAUAUCAAAAAAGGGAGCGUAUGGUAGGCUAGGGCAGGAUGUGGCACAGGGUAGUAAGGACAUAUAGUAUGGUAUGAAAUAUUGUACGAAGUAAGGCAUAUAGGGUGAGAUACGGUACUGUAGAGUGGGAAUUGUGUGAAGUAGGGCAAGGGAGAUAAGUGUUGAGUAUGGUAGCAUAGAGAAAGGUAAGGUAGAAUACUGGAAUGUUAAGUGAGGUGAGACAAAGCAGAAUAGGAUAGCGUACGGCGUGAUAUAAGGUAAGGCAUAAAGUAUGUCAUGAUAUAUAGUAAGGAGUAGGGAGGGUACUGUAAUGUUGGGUAGGGUAGGGCAGGAUAGGGUACGGAACGGUACGGCACGAUACGGUACGGUGAGUUACCAUAGCUUUCAAUUAUAAAAAUGCUAGUUAAAGCUGUUUGUAAGCCUAAUAUGUUUAGGUAAUAGAAGUAAAACGCGGUAAAAUGUUUGUAAUGAUAAACGGUCCAUUUCGGCAUUCAUUAUACCCCAUACCACAUCUUUUAAUGUCGUUAUAUAUGAUGGGAAUGUUUGCGAUUAUUAUGACAAUCAUGGUGCAAUUCAUCUACAGAUACUAUGCUUUAUGUAAGCGCCCGAUGACAAUGACAGAGUUUGUUGGUUUAUAUGCUGUGGGUUGGAUUUGGGCUUUAAUUGAAGGAUUUUCUGGAUUUGUCAUUUUUGAUGUUGCUACUGAUGAAAAUACGGCUAUUAUUGAAAAGCAUCCUUUGUAUGCUUAUGAUACUCCGGUUUAUAUAACUGGUGACGUUAGUGUAAGUUUUUAAAGGGUAUGGGCUUCUGGGCUUAUCAGGCUUAAUUUAAAGCUUAGGUUUGGGUUUAGGUUUAAGAGGCUUGUUUCUAUCUUGGACUUUGGCUUAAACCUAGACUUAAUUAUAGAUCCAAGCUGUUAGGAUUGGAACUAGGCUUAGAUUACAGCUUAUGUUUCUAGGUUUGAGCUUAGACUUUGUAUUAGGCUUAAAUUUAAGGCUAAACGUUUAAGCCUAACAUUUCAAAUUUACGAUUUUAAGCGUUUUUUUUUAACUUCAAGUUUAAUAAAGUUAAUAUUACGCAUUUUAAGGUCAAUACCUGCAUUCUGAUCCAGGCCUUCUUCAGUGAAUUGGCAAUUGUUUCAAUGUAUGUGGUUAUAAUUAUCACUGGGCGUCGAAUUCAUGCCAAAUUGAAUUCGAACUCUUUGAAUAUGAGUAAGAGCACGAAGGAGGCACAGAAUAAACUGAACAGAGUCAUGGCUUUACAGGUACCGUAAUUUGAAGUACAUUUUUUUUAAAUCUGUCAUCAUGACAUAUUUUUAAAAUUUUUCAAAAGGAUAAAAGGCGACAUUUUCGGUGUCAUCAUGACACAUUUUUUAAACUUUUUUAAAAAUUUAAGAAAAAUUUUAUCUUUUGGCGUCAUCGUGACAUAUUUUUUUAAAUUUUUUGGAAAAAUUUAAAGAACGGCGUGUUAAAUAGGUGUCAUCAUGACAUAUUUUUAAAUUUUUUUAUUUGCAAAAAAUGGCAUUUAGGUGUCAUUAUGACUUAUUUUCUAGAUUUUUUUUUAUUUUUAAGGCUAAUCCCAAAACUUUAGGCCAUCUACCCCGGAGUAAUUAUAGGCAUACCCAUAUGUAUGGCCUCUGUGGCUGUUCAGUUCAAAAUGGACAUGCCAUGGGCUGGGUAUUAUAUCGUGACAUCCAUCUCUAGUAUGCCUGUCAUCAAUGCUAUUACCGUACUAGUUGGUAUACCAUCAUUCCGGAGGCGAAUAUUUUUUCAUGUUAGGAGACGAGAAGUUACUGUAUAUAGUAGCUCGGCUAAUGUGGUUAGUCAUAGUGAAAUGACCAUUCAUUAG